AUGUCAGAUCCCCUGUCAAUCGCCGCAAGCAUCGCAGGGCUUGUCACCCUCGCCGACAUCGUUUUCGAUCGUCUGGUCAAGUACGGGAGAUCGGUGAAAGAUGCCGAGAAGGAAAUCCAGGAGCUUGCAAAGGAGGUCAAUCUCCUCGCCGGAAUCCUGAGUAGUCUUUCCAGGCUGGCCAGGGCCUUGGACGACGAAUCGUUUGACAGAAACCUGCGUAUGCACCACAUCGAGGCAUGCAAUGAGACCCUCGCGGAGAUCGACAAGAAAUUGGGCAAGAUGGACAAAGAUUCGAUCAAAGACAGGCUGAAAUGGCCGUUUUCAAACCGCCGCAUCAAGGAAUGGCUGGAGGAAUUGUCAAAGCACAAACAAAACAUCAAUCUGGCCCUGUCUGCCAACACAAUGGACGCCAUGCUCCGACUCUUGGCGCAAGAAGACCGUCACGCCGGAAAAACGCUCACGGAGGUCAAGGAGACUCGGAAAAUCGUCAGUCGCAUCCACCAAGACUCAGAGCGCAAGAAAGUGCUAGAGUACUUCCUAAAGUACAAUCCUCAGCAGAACUACGAAACGAGUCGUCGUCUGCGACAUCCAAGGACUGGGCUCUGGCUCACACGACUUCCCGAAUUUCAGCAUUGGCUAUCUACACCUGACUCCAGACUGUGGUUGAAGGGCAUCCCGGGAGCCGGCAAGACGGUUCUGGCUGCGUCAAUCAUCGAGGCGGCACUGGGCAUGAGUACGGAGACGACCCCCUCCGCGUUUUUUUUCUGCGACUACAAGGAAACCGACACUCACAAGCCUGCAACCAUUCUCGGGGCUCUGGUCUAUCAACUUGCCAUUCAGAAGGAAGAAGCGUAUGAGAGGUUAAAAAAGUUCUACGAGGAGCUGCAUCCCUCAAACGGUUUACCUCGAGUGGCCAGCACCACAUCACUGGAGCGGGUUCUCAAAGACAUGACCAAGAUGUAUGACCACGUGUAUUUGGUCGUAGAUGGCCUCGAUGAGUGUAGGGAGCUGACCGAUGACGUGGUUGAGAUGCUUUCUGACGUUUCCGAGGACACCGACAACGUCUCAAUGGCACUUCUAAGCCGAGAUGAGGAUCACAUUCGAGGUCUUCUGGAGGCGGACUUUGUUCCCUUGGAGAUUGCCGCCCACAAGGAAGACAUAACGGAAUUCGUCACAUCGGAAAUUGAAGAGAGGAUUCGCAAUCGCAGGUUACGCAUCGAUGGCGCCGAGCUCAAAGCGGAAAUUCUUCAUGGGCUCAUUGACGGAGCAAAGGGAAUGUUUAGAUGGGUGGCUUGUCAACUGGACCAUCUAGGGGAUUGCGACUCAGAUCAGCAGUGCCGUGAUGCACUCAAAACUCUUCCUCCGACCCUGGACGAGACCUAUGUUCGCAUCCUUGAACGCAUACCCAGAACCAAAACCAAAACCAUUCAACUGGCUCUGAACAGCAUAGCAUAUGCCGAUCCAAAGCUCACGAUCCAUCAAUUAAGGCAAAUGCUCGCAGUGCCCGAAAAGGGGGCAUUCCUAGAUCCGCGGGCCGUCAUACGCGAGGAAGCCAUCACAAGGUACUGCAGUAGUUUUGUCCGAAAGUCGAACGACGGACGUUACCUUGAAUUCUCCCAUUUUUCGGUCCAGGAAUUUCUGGAAACGGCUUCACUACCCAAUUCAGACUUGGAAUUCUUCCGACUCUCCAAAAAACGCGCAUUUUCGCUGCUCGCCAUUGAGUGUCUGAAGUUUAUCCAACUCGAGAAUUUCGGCCGUGCUUGCGUCGACACGGUGAGGCAAGAUGACAUGAAGGGCGAAGACAGUCCGGUUUCAGCACGCGACAAAGAAUAUCCAGUAUAUAAAUACGCUGCCGAACGCUGGCCGGUAUACGCCAGAGGAGAAUGGGAAGAUGCGCGUAUUGUUGACCUUGCCAAAUCUCUUUUCCACCCGAGUAAAACAGCCUGCUUCACUUCUUGGGCAAUCGAGAUUGUGGAACAACUAGAACUCUUCGGAGAAGGUAAGGACGCUGCGUCGAUUGUUACACAUCAAUUAUUCAGCCCACUGCAUCUGGCAGCGUCCUUCUCCUUGCCACAAAUUUGCUCCUUCCUCAUUCAACAAAAGAUGGACGUCAAUCUCGCAGGCCCCGUCGGGACUCCGAUGCAAUGCGCAGUCCAGGGGCUCGCUGCUAAUAUUGGACUAGUAUAUAUCGACUAUCUCGAAUGGUUUCAAAACACAGACGACGACGAAGACUUUGAAAUGAUGGCCACGGCAGAUACCAUCAAAUGUCUACAUCAAGCCGGAGCGUUCUUCCCUUCAGAGUGCACCUAUCCGUUUCACGGUCAGACUUUGUACGGCGUUGCGUUCAAUGUGGCAUUUAGAGCAGACACGCUGUUUUUACCGAUGACCCUGCUUCGCUUCGGUGUGCCGCUCAAAGAACGCGACCUUGAGAGCGCAACCGCCUACUUCAUUAAGCAGGAUAAAAGCGACCAUGUCAAACAUUACGCGAGCUUACAACCGUUUCUUGAAUCAAUGAAUGACGCUGUCGCCCCAUCUUCUUUGGAAAUCCGGCUACACCGUCUGGUAUGGAAUCAAGCCAUGUUAUACAACCUGGACUUUGUCUGUCACCCGACGACAAUUGAUACCAGGAUCUACUUGAUGGAAGAAGACUUGGGGCGGCAAGCUGUUACAGCAAUCAAGGUGGGAAGUCUCCCUGUACUGCGCAGAAUUCUAAGCGACCCUCGCUUUGAAGCCUCAACUUGUGUAAGUGAGAACGGCGACUCGCUUUUGCACCUGGCAAUGGCAUCACCAAGGAAUACCGUGACGUCUGUUAUCGUCAAGGAAUUACUCAAUGCUGGGUGCGACGCUUGCGAGACGAAUUCAUUUGACGAGCAGCCGAUCCACUUGUGGGGGCCCGACUGUGACGAUGACGACGACACAGAUGACGAUACAGACUACGGGGCCAGAUGGGGUACGACAAAUACUUACUACGAGGUGGUCAAGAUGCUUAAAGACAACGGCGCGACUUGUCUUGCGCAAGACGCAACGGGGCGCAACGCUCUGCAUGUGCACGCUGGUUGGCCUCAAGGACUCAAAGUUCUAUUGGAGCACUUUGCAGAUGAUAUCACCAACGCCAUGGAAACCAUAGACCGCGACGGAUAUACGCCACUCACUCAGUGUCUCAAGGACGAGAAGGUGGAUUCCGCCUCCAUCCUUGUGGGACGCGUCUCUCUCAGCCCCGAGAUGGUCCACUGCCCAACGCAUAUAUUGUUACUUGCGGCGAGCGCCAACGCGAGCGAUCUUUUCGAAACCCUGUUUCGUUCAAACGUCGUGGACAAAACUACUUUGGCACCCGGAGACAGCCCUCUGCAUCAUUUGAGCCGCCACAUCACAGUAAGCUUCGUCCGACGCCUAAAAUCCAUCUACCCUGAGUCUUGCAGUUAUCCAGGCGAUACUUCUGGCAAGACGCCAUUAGAGUCGUAUAUAGGACAGUGUUUACAAACCGACAAGGUGACCAGAAUCGCCUCGGCCGUCGUGGAGGAAUUGUCUGUCUCAGGACCUCCCAUGACAACUGUUGUGCAAGGGAACAUUUGGCAACACUUCUCGCAAACCGUGGUUAAGAUCACACGCUCUUCACCAUCCCACAUAAACGACUUAGUGAGAGAAGCAAUCUCUGAAGGAAACACCUUGUCGCGACUCGGGUACCUGCAUGCCUACGAGUCGUCAGCCAGCCAGUCCGGCAUCAUCCCACUCUUGGAAGCCUUUUCCGGCCUCCCCGACCGCUCCAUCGUCUUCAUGUCCUUUUUCGCGGCCAUCUGCGAGGUGAUCUAUCAUUUCAUUGAUCAAACGCAUUACUGGUCUGACAUUGAGCGGUCCCCACAUCUCACUCGUCUGCUGAAAGCAGCUGUUCAAUCUUGCAACUUGAAACUCGGCAAAUUCCUCCUGGGGAAAGGCGUCAGUGUCCACCAACGAGUUGAUGGCCUGUCUGCAUUGGAAAGCUUAUGCCGGAACCCCCCAAAUCACGAUGAAGUAAAGAAAAUGAUCAGCCUUGUUUUGGACCAUGCAGAUAAAUCUCGUUGGAACGAAACCAGCCCUAUCAACAGCCUCCCAUUGCUUCAUCAGCUUCAUGCUCCGGGCGCUGAGUGGAUUGUGGCCGAACUAGUUCAACGAGGUGCAGACCCUAAUGUGCGCGUCGAUCAUGGUUGUCGUGAUCCGGUUUUGGUCUGGUAUUUGCGUACAAAAAGAUUGCAGUAUGCUUCCGCCAUACUGAGAGCUGGAGCAGACCCCAGUCAGACAAGCAGCUUGGGUUUUGAUGCAGCGUUGGUUGCUGCUUGGAACAAGUUCUCUGCUUUUCUCCAUGAACUGUACGACGCCUGCAAAAGAAUCAAGACGAUCCGAUGGGACAGGACAUGCAGAUUGAUGAUAAAUCUGGGCGGGGAGAGACACUUCGCAACGGACGUCAACGGACUCCAUAUUGGCGCUGUCUUCGGAUCUAUCAACACAAUGGCCUUCUACAUUGACCAAGGUCUCAUCAGCAACCUUGACACAGUGUCAUACUACGAUUAUACGCCUUUGCACUUCGCCGUCAUAAACGGCCAUACAAGCGCCGUCAAGUUUCUGUGCGCUCGAGGAUGCGACGUCAAUGCUCGAUGUUCUAACGGAAGCUCGUCACUGCACCUUGCGGCAAGAUACAAAAAGCUUGAGGUUGCAAAAGCCCUUAUCGAGGCAGGGUGCAAAUCGUCACUGGACUCGGCGGGAAUGCGGCCCGGCUUCUAUGCACUUCAAUCCGAUGACGAAAACCUCAUCAAAUUUUUCAAGUCCUCUGAACUGGAUUCGGAGCAGCCGGCUUCAGACGUCCGCGAUCAUGACCCAUUUUCGAAAAGACAGCGUCGAAUGGCUUUUGCUGCAGCUUUCGAGGAUGCCAUCCUCGGCGACAACUUGAGUCGCUGCCAAGACUUGAUUGCCAGUGGCUGCGACCUUGAGGUUCCUCUGAACAGCUGCGGUGGUUGCUCGCCUCUAGUCAAAGCCAUCGAAAACAAACGGACCGCAAUCGUAACGUGGCUUCUCGAGAAAGGGGCAUCCCUGACCAGGACUAUUUGUCACCUCAAAGUCCCUAUCACUGCGAUCCAUUCGAUAGUAGAGAAUCCUGAACUCGUUGAGAUCUUGCCUCAGAGUUUGAAGAGUUUAAUGAGGGACGAGGUGGCGGUGUUGGAGCAUUUUCCAGGCCUGAUCAUCGCUGCUGCGGCUUCGAAUAACACUAAAGGUUUGGAGUUGCUUUUUGUACAUUUGAUGCGAUACGAAAAGCGUUGCGAUUUUCAUAUUCCCGGCGGUUUUGAAAAUCUGCUUUCUGCAGCCCUGAGCAAGAAAGAUCAACAUGGGUAUUCUGCAUUGCAUUGGGCAGCUAGGAAGGGAAAUCUGAAGGCUGUUAACUUGUUGCUCGAUUCAGGAGCUGAUGUCAAUGCGUCAGCCGGCGUGUUCACGUCGACUCCAUUGCAUUGCGCUAUUGAAUAUGGGCAAGACCUGGAGGCUCAGGUUGCUUUACGUUUGAUCGAGAAAGGUGCGUCACUCGAAAGCCGUGAUUAUUUGGGCAUGACUCCAAUGUCGCUUGCAGCACGUAGGAGUAAUUUGCCUUUGAUCAGGGGGUUGAAAUGUCUCAAAGCAGACGCUAUGGCUUUAGACUCUAUAUCUUCUUCACCUUUGCUGUGUUCAGCCCUUGGUCUCGUUGGACCGAGUACUUGGGAAAACCGUGUCAAGAUCUUCGCGGAGCUUCUGCAUCUUGGUCAUGAUCCUCACGCGGUAAAUUCGAUUGGUCGUUCGGCAUUUCACGCCGCGAUUUGCCAACGGGAAUUCAUCCCCCUUUUACUAAACUUUGGCAUUCAACUCGAAGACAGCCAGUCUUUUCCCUGGAACACCAAAUCGCAUCGACUUCCAUUUUGGCUCACCGAAGGUUUCUCGUUGUUUCGGAAGACAUUCAAGCGACAAACACUCUGUAACUUCCUGAACGUGGCACCAAACAAUGCCUGGAGCCCACUAUGUAGAGCGGCGUCUCUCGGUUGGACGGUGGUCAUGGAGAAUCUCAUUGUCAUGGGCGCCGACAUUGAUGCCGAAGGAUGCUCUCUGGGUUCUGCUCUGAUUGUGGCUUGCAUUACCGGGCGGAAAGAGUCGGCCGUUUACCUGGUUCGUCGUGGUGCGGCGCUGUCCUACUGGGGGCCAAACGGGUUUCGGUCAGCACACGAUGCCGCGAUGAAAAACUCGUCGAUUCUGAACUGGCUUCUAGUCGAACGGUUCACCGACCAACGGAAACUGACAGCGGCCAAUGGUCUGGAACUGGGAGAUGAACAAACUCGUGGAACAUUCACAUGGGGCGGGCCUGUGAGGGCCGGGUUGGUCAUCUGUGGUACAAUGGAAAGGUUGCCGAAGGAGUCGUCCCGGGAAUACUGGUCCCGGCUGAUGAGCGAGAAGAAAAAGUGGAGGGGAAAGGUCCUGCCGCCGAGUCCUGCACGUCGAACAAGCCGCCCCUCGAACUUGGUUCCUGAGGAACACCAUCCCCUCGUUCCUCGACGGCCACACAUUGCCGACAUUCGGGAUGGCCCGGAGAGUGUCGAGGUUGUGGUUACCGGUCUCGAUCACGACGCCGGAGAAGACGACGUGAUCAAAUCGCUUGACGACUUUGGUCCUCUCGUCGGCAGUCAACUUGGUGAUGAGGGCUUCUCUGUCUUCGUCCUGUGGCGUCAUGGUCAGGUCUACCCACGUCUUGCGUCGCUCUAA